UCUCUAAAAUCAAACAAUACACGUUUCCUCAGCCCUACCAUGGAAUAAAGAAAUAACCCUAUAUAAAUAUAACAAAGUUCUUAAAAAAAUCAUUUGCUAUCUUACACAAAAAGAUAUGGGGAGUUUCCCUGCUUUGAUGAUGAUCCUCGCUUCUUCUCUUCUCUUUGUCCUCGAAGUUGUUAAUGGUGCCAAAUGUUAUGGAAGCUCAAACAGCAACAGCAGCUACGCUCAGAAUCGCGACAAUCUCUUCUCUUCUUUUGCUAGUAAAGUCGUCAAUAACGGCGGAUUCUUCAACGCUUCACUCGGCCAAUACCCCAACAAGGUUUACGUUCUUGGCCUCUGCGCAAGAGGCUACGAGCAAAAAUCUUGUUUGAGCUGUGUUGAAAAGUUGACUCUGGAAACACAAAGGGAUUGUCCAAACAUCAUGGAUUCGUUCAUAUGGGGAGCUGACGAUGGAGGGCGUGUUUCUUGUCUUGUACGUUCCUCAAACCACUCUUUUGGGAACCUAGAGCUUGACCCUCCUUUAAUAGCACCAAGUCCAAAUCAUUUUGCGCAAUCUGUAAACAUGACCCUUUUCAUGCUACAAUGGGAAUCAACGGUUAAUAAGACCCUCGAGGCUGCCACAAAAGCUGAUAAUUCCUCAGUACACAAGUAUUACAGUGCCGUACACGCCCAGUUCACAGAGUUUUCAGAUGUUUACAUGAUGAUGCAAUGCACACCCGACAUAACUUCCCAAGAUUGCAAACAAUGUUUAGGAGAAAGUGUGAAAUACUUUAGAGAACAGUUCCGCGGAAAAACAGGGGGCAUGGCUAGUUUUCCGAGCUGUUUAUUCAGAUGGGAUCUAUAUGCUUUCCAAGGUGCUUUUGAUAAGGUUACAAGAGUUCCUGCAUUUGCUCGACCUCAGGCAGGAAAAGGGAGCUCUAUACCAGAAAAGAAAGGAAGAAGCAUGAAUAGGGUAAUUAUCACGAUAAUUGUGGUUUUUACUUUCAUUAAUCUUUUGAUAUCUAUUGGUUUCUACAAAGCAAAAGAUCGGAGGAGAAAAUUAAACAAUGGAAUAAAUGGGUGUACUUUAGAAUACUCAGAUUCGGAUGGUCAUUUUAUGUUACGGUUUGAUAUAAGUACGAUCUUAUUGGCAACGGCUGACUUUUCGCCUGAAAAUAAGCUUGGCCAAGGUGGAUUUGGAACGGUUUAUAAGGGGAUACUACAAAAUGGGAAAGAGAUAGCUGUGAAGAGAUUAACCAGAGGUUCGGAAGGUGGUGUAGAGUUUAAGAAUGAGGUUUCACUCUUGACAAGACUCCAGCAUAAGAAUCUUGUUAAGCUUCUUGGUUUCUGUAAUGAAGGAGAUGAAGAGAUUCUUGUCUACGAGUUUGUCCCUAACUCAAGUCUUGACCGCUUUAUCUUCGAUGAAGAGAAGCGUCAGCUUCUUACAUGGGAAGUAAGGUUUAAAAUUAUAGAAGGAAUUGCUCGAGGUCUUGUUUAUCUCCAUGAAGAUUCUCAGCUUAAAAUUAUUCACCGAGACUUGAAGGCAAGCAACAUCCUUCUAGAUGCAGAGAUGAAUCCUAAAGUUGCAGAUUUUGGGACAGCGAGACUGUUUGACACCGAUGAGACUCGAGCUGAAACACAACGAAUAGCUGGAACUCGUGGCUAUAUGGCUCCGGAAUACUUGAAUCAUGGGCAAAUCUCAGCUAAAUGUGAUGUAUAUAGCUUCGGUGUGGUGCUUCUAGAGAUGAUCAGUGGUCGAAGAAAUAAUAGCUUUGUGGGAGAAGGAAUUGCAGCUUUUUCAUGGAAGAGAUGGGUUGAAGGAAAGCCUGAGAUCAUAAUUGAUCCUUUAUUGGUAAAGAAACCAAGUAACGAGAUCAUUAAGUUGAUCCAGACUGGUCUGUUGUGUGCUCAACAAAAUCCAACAAAGAGACCAACCAUGAGCACUGUAAUAGUUUGGCUUGGCAGUGAGACCAUCACCAUUCCUUUACCUAAGUCUCCUGCUUUCACAGUGAGUCAUUCCCAAUCUGAAGAUGGUACUACGUCAAUGAGCAAUGUCUUGACGGAGUUGAGCUGUCGUUGAGUUACAAAUUGUUAAUUUAUAUGUCGUUUUUAAGGUUGUACUAAUGUUCUAAUUGUAUUGAAUUGAGAAAGAGUAGCAAAAUCAUAAAUAGAUACAAUCCUAAGUAAUAGAAACUGAAAAGGGGAUUUUAGUCGUUGUUUUGCAACAAUGCAGUGGUAGAUCAUGGUCAGCCGGCAUCGUUUCACGUAUCAAGUACUAACAUGUUGAUCUUUUUUUUAUUCUUAUCCUUAUGUCUCAGUUUAAGUAAGAUAAAUGUUGAGUUUG